AUGCCAAAACCGAUAUACACGAUUGGAAUAAUAUAUGCUUUGUCAUGGGUAGCAUAUUUUCCAUUCCAAACCAUCACAACUGACUUCUUUGGCUCAUCAAUUUUUAAUGGAUCCCAAAACUCAUCAAAUCCAGAUGAUGUCAACUUAUAUAACAAAGGAGUGAGCUUUGGAAUGCUUGUUAUAAGUAUAUCUAACUUCCUUGUCCUUAUUUAUGGCUUCAUUCACGAAAAACUUCGAAAAGUUGUCGGUUUGAGAUGGUCGUACUUCAUUUCACAAAUCAUAACUGCUAUUUCUUUAUCAAUGUGCUUCUUUGUGAAGAACAAAUGGGUUCUUAUGGGAACUUUGUCUUUUCUUGGUGUUUCUUCACUAAUUUUCAAUGCAAUACCAUUCGAAAUUGUUGCCAGAACUGUUGCAUUGGAACAGAUGGGUACAUAUAUGGGAGUUCUUAAUAGUUUUGCCGUAUUUGGCCAAAUUUUUGCAAAUUUUGCAAUGGUAUCAGGAGUUGGCUCAAUAAGGAAGGAGCCAGGAGAUGCAAUUGGUGCUGGAUGUAUCUUUGCAAUAAUUGCUGCUGUUUACUCUUUAUUCUUGAAUGAACCUACAGAUCCAACAGAAAUUUUGAAGAGUUCCAUAACACCAUACAUAUGUGAUCCUAUAAGAUGA